GUGGUAAAUGAGAAAGCAGAUCCCUCUCUGACCGCGCACAGGACCUUCUUUGUGGUAAACAAUGAACUCCAACGGCAGGAAGCUCAGAAAAUUGAAAUUUUCGUCCUGAACACAGGACAUUUUCAUGGCAAGGCGGCACAGCUGACUGCAGUGUCGGGUAUCUGGACACCUUAUUAGUUGUUUUUCAUACCAAAGACGAAUGUAUGAGAGGUAGAUAAAGGUACAUUAUCAAAGAUGGAAGUAGACCUAGAUGCUGAUACCAUUAACAUAACAAGCGGUGUUCUACAUGCAGUAUUACACAAACAGAGAUUCAUUUGCCCAGGAAUCAACCGAGAAUGUAUAGAAUUUCAGGGGCAGUUUAUAACUCCAAAGACAUUUUACGUAAUGGCUGACAAAGGGAGUCUUAAAGACUGGAAAAAUGCCAUUCGAAUAAAUGGCAAAAAGAUCAGACGAUACUUAGACACAGGAGAGUUAGAAUUCUACAACCAUGCUGAACUGUGUACUGGUAGAUGUAAAUCAAAGAUGGGAAACAAAACAGCGACACCAGUUAGUCUUACAGACUCGUUCAAUACAUCAUUAUUAUCACCGAACCUUGGUAAAAAAGGAACAUCAAACGGAUUGAAACCCAGCAUUUACUUUGACAAUGACCAAUAUUCUUCUAAUGAUUCCCUAAACUUGAUGAAAGAGGUGGACAGUUUUGGUGAAAUAGCUGAUGUUAAACCAGAUGUAGAACAACUACGACUGUUGAAUGUUUUAAACUUACGGCAGAACAGUGACACACCAUCAUCAUCUGGAGAUCAGGCCACACCAAUGCAGUUUGUACAAGUUUCCAGAAAUGCACAAGAUGAGGACGAUGAAGAUGCAAUGUUUUGGCGAGCCAUUGUACAGCUUGGUCUGAUAGAUGAAUUUUUUCGUGAAGUGAAAGCCAAAUUGGACAUCCUAAAAGCAAGCAUGAUCAAGAACUAUGUCCCUGUCGGAGGUAAUAGAGUGUACAAGUGUUUUCUUAACAUUUACAGAAUUACAUUAGAGCUGAUGGGAUCCAUUACUGUAUAA